CGGCCCAUUUCAGUAUUAGCGCGUUUCCGUAUUAGGUCUGCUGAUUCGUAGGAAUCACGCGGAAGUAGUAAAUUAGACGCACCAAGUAGUGCAAAUCACCAACCAAAACAGUGACAUUUUGGAAAACUAAUGAAAGUAAAGUUUAUUUUAUUUUAAACAAGAGGACAUGUGCCAGUUCCAUUCCGAUAGUUAGGUUAUUCCGUAAGAGGUAGCCUAUAGUCGCUGAAUUGUCAUCAUCAGAUAGAGUUAUGGCAUGCAGCGAUUCUAUGGUGUCAAUGAAUGGAACUCAAGUUUCCUAUAUUGGACAUGACUGUGAGGACAUCCCAGAGUACCUUGGAGAAAGAUAUGGACUCUUGACAAGACGGCUAGAUCUCAGCUUCAAUCAGCUAAGGUCACUGGCGGGCCUCAAAGCGUUCACUGGGCUGGAAGAACUGGUCGUCGACAACAAUCUGCUCGGAAACGACCUCCAGUUGCCCAGGUUACCCACCCUCCACACCCUAACACUCAAUAAGAACCAACUGACUGACAUUGAGGAGCUGCUGGAGCACUUGGCGAAGGCGGCACCGUCGCUGCAGUACCUCAGCCUGCUGGGAAACGAGGUCUGUCCCAACCAGCUGGUCAGCCUGGACAAGGAUGAGGACGACUACCAGAGAUACAGGUAUUUUGUUCUGCACAAGCUACCCACCCUAAAGUUCCUAGACACGAGGAAGGUUUGUAAGAUUGAACAGCAGGAGGCUGAGGCACGGGGAGCCUUCAUGAAGGUGGUUAAACCCAAGUUAUCAGACACGGUGGCCCCAGGUGACCCCAGGUCUGAGUGUUCCUUUAUGCCCUACACCCCUCUACCCAGAGGCUCUAGAGACGGCAAGAACCACAAAGGUGUGUUCGCCAAGUGCCAUUACGUCUACUAUGGAAAGCAUUCAGAAGGCAACCGAUUCAUCCGCAAUGACCAACUCUGAUGGACCGACAGAGAGACGCAAACACACGCACACAAGCUUCAUUAUACAAGUCGUUAAAUAAAAAUUCAAACAUCUUCAUUAAAAUGUCUCUUCCAUAACCUAUACUGUCACUCUCAGACCCCAGUCCUGGGGCCGUAUCUAUCAAGCUUCUCAGAGUAGGAUUGCUGAUCUAGAAUCAGUUUUCGAUCAUGAAUGAGAUUAUAUGGACAGGGGGGACCUGAUCCUAGGUCAGCAUCCUUCUCUACGCUUUAUGAAUACGGGCCUUGUAGCGUAGUGGCCUGAUCUCCUCCUCCUCCGCUGAGCUGUGGCUGGCUCUCCUGUCAGCUCCACUCUCCGGCCCCAGAGUGAACAUUGACACUCACGUUGACAUAAUUGCAUUCAAGCAGCAGUGCUCCACAUAAACACAACCAUAUACAAAAAUGCAUGCAUGCACGCACACGCACCCACAGAACUGUUCACGCAAGUGCAAGCACUCUCUCUUUCACACCCACCCGCCCACCCAAACAACACACACACACACACACCCCGUGGCCACAGUGAUGGACAGCUCCAGCCAAGCGGCUGAUUUGACAGGCACAGCAGCCAUGAUGGAUCACCCGUCCCCUACCGCCACUCAUCAGGGGUCAGAGGUCAAACCUGAUGCCUCACUGGGCCUGUGUGAGUGUGCAUGUGUGAGGGGGACUGGGGCGUAAUGAUGUAUAUUUCAAAAUACAGUAAAUUUCACUUUUAGAGUGUCAGUUAGGAGAAAGAGAGAUACAACAUAAAAUGAAUAAAGUUUUUAAAACCUUUACAAUUCCCACCCCUAUGUCCACCUAUAGAUAAAUGAUAUAAGAUAGGUAGAUGUUUAUACCUGGGGGGCAAUGCCAGACAGGAGAGGGGGAGGAUGAGGGCUAAAUUAAAGUAUAGGAAAGUUAGGAGACCUUUUCUCAAGGAGUCCAACCUUGUGGUUCUGAAGCUGUAUUUGAAUGGAUACAGGGCUUGCCUGCAAGAGUAACAACACUUCACAACUUUUCACUUACCAUAUGUGUUUAGAGUUAUGCUGUUGGCAGAUAUAUUUUACUAUGGUCUGUUUUUAAUGGAAAUUAAUCAGUUUAGUAUUCAAUUAUUGCAUGAUAAUGUACAAUUUAAAGAGAUGUUAUAUUUUCAAAUGCACAAUGGAAAGACAAUCCAACAUUCCAAAACAAAAUAAAUAAAGAACACAUUAGAGACCUAAUAAACAUUCAACCUCUAACACUGUCAAAUAGUUUCACUAAAUUAGGUUUGCAAAAUUCUGGUAACAAAAUGUCCAGGUUAUCCAGAAAUCCUAGUUGGAGGAUUCCUGCUUAUUCCCUCCUGUUUCCGUUGAUCUUCCAACCGGGAUUAAUUGAAAUCUUGGGGAUGGUUACCAGAAUUUUGCAACUCUGAAUGUUCUAUUGAAACAGAUUAAUAAAUUCAUUUUAAUAUCAUCAAUAUCAUUAGUAUGGAAUUAAUAAAUGGUUAGUUCAUUGUGAUUUAUGAAUAUUACCUCAAUGGGGUUAUGAAGGAUUCAGAAGGCAUGCUUUUAACAUAUUAUAGUAUCAUUAUAGUAUCAUAGUUAGGAACUAUAUUCCCACAUCUAUAAAAUGUAUGGUAAUUUUUCCUGAGUAUAAACUUCUAACAUUUGUGAAUCAUGUAUACUGAACAAAAAUAUUAAUGCAACAUGCAACAAUUUUAACGAUUUUACUGAGUUACAGUUCAUAUAAUGAAAUCAGUCAAUUCAAAUUAAUUAAUUUUGGCCCUAAUCUAUGAAU